AGUCCCAGAUAACUCUGGGACUAAGAAGGGCGGAGGCAAGGCAAGACUGGGCUCGGCUUGCAGCCACUGGGGAUAAAAAGGGACUGAGCCAGCGAGUGGCCAGAGAAAGCCACAAGUGAGGAGAGAGGAAAGGCAAGGCAGCAUCUUCGUCGGGAGCAGCAGCAGCAGCAGCAGCGUUAGUAGUAGCUGAGGUUUCUCCUUCACCUUCCAGCCCACUUCUUCCAAAACAUGGACUCCCAGAAAGCGCUACCCAGCAUCUUGCUGCUGCUGCUCCUUCUGCAGCUCCCAGGCAGCUUCCCCCUUCCCCUGGAGGGACCUCGCCAGGUCCGGGAGCUGACCGGGGUCCAGGAACUGCUCUACAGACUAAAAGACAAGAUCUCAGCUCUGGAGAAGUUGGAUUCGGAGGAACCUGAGCAGCGGAAGCAAGAGACUCGGGGAGAAGUCCGGGAGAACAGAAAGCUUCAACUGCAGCCGGUGCCAGAGAGCAGCCGUGACUAUAGGAUCCCCGCCUUCCAGGCCCUGCAUGGUCUGCAGACCCCUAAAGUGAUGCGGGACUCAGGCUGCUUUGGCAGGAGGCUGGAUAGAAUCGGCUCUCUCAGCGGCCUGGGGUGCAAUGUUGUGUCAAGAAGAAAUUAAGAAGUCCCAGCUGCCUACUUCCUAACAUCUAAUUCUUGCUGGGCUUUUCCGCCCCCUCAAAAUGACACCUAUUUAUUUAUUUAUAUUUAUUUAUUUAUUUGGUUGUUUUGUAUAAACUGGUUUCUUACUUUUGAGCAUGAAAAAUUCAUGAUUAAAUAAAACCAGCCUAAUUUCCUUUUUAUUUUGGAGUUAUUAUUCUUGGAGCAUUAAAAAAAAUCCAUUACUAUGCUCAAAAAGUUAUCAAACUGUGCAUAGCCUUUGAUCCAGCACUGUUUCUACUGGGCUUUUAUCCCAAAGAAAUUUUAAAGAAGGGAAAGGUGUAUGUGCACGAAUGUUUGUGGCAACCCUGUUUGUAGUGGCCAGAAACUGGAAACUGAGUGGAUGCCCAUCAAUUGGAGAAUGGCUGAAUAGGUUAUGGUGUAUGAAUGUUAUGGAAUAUUAUUGUUCGGUAAGAAAUGACCAACAGGAUGAUUUCAGAGAGGCUUGGAGAGACUUACAUGAACUGAUGCUGAGUGAAAUGAGCAGGACCAGGAGAUCAUUAUAUACUUCAACAACAAUACUAUAUAAUGAUCAAUUCUGAUGGACGUGGCCCUCUUCAACAAUGAGAUGAACCAAAUUAGUUCCAAUAGAUCAGUAAUGAACUGAACCAGCUACACCCAGCAAAAGAACUCUGGGAGAUGACUAUGAACCACUACAUAGAAUUCCCAAUCCCUCUAUUUUUGUCCGCCUGCAUUUUUGAUUUCCUUCACAGGCAAAUUGUACAAUAUUUCAAAGUCCGACUCUUUUUAUACAGCAAAAUAACUGUUUGGACAUGUAACAUAUUGUAUUUAAUUUAUACUUUAACAUAUUUAACAUGUAUUGGUCAACCUGCCAUGUGGGGGAGGGGAUGGAAUAGGGGAAAGGAGGGGAAAAGUGGAACAAAAGUUUUGGCAAUUGUCAAUGCUGUAAAAUUACCCAUGCAUAUAACUUGUAAA